GAUGGCGCAGGCCGGCUGGGAGGUGCCGGCCCGGGGUUUGAGCCGAGAACUUCUCCCGGGGCAGGGGCGGGAGCCAGGGUGGCGGCGAGGGCGCGUGAAGCGCAGAGCGGAAACCAUGGUUCAGCAGGUGCUCUACCGGGCGCUGGUCUCCACCAGGUGGCUGGCGGAGUCCGUCCGGGCUGGAAAGCUGGGGCCUAGCCUGAGGGUGCUGGACGGGUCCUGGUACUCGCCUGGCACCCGGGACGCCCGCAAGGAGUACCUGGAGUGCCAUGUGCCCGGCGCCUCCUUCUUUGACAUAGAGGAGUGCAAGGACAAGUCGUCACCCUACGAGAUGAUGCUGCCCAGCGAGGCGGGCUUCGCCGACUACGUGGGCCACCUGGGCAUCAGCAAUGACACACACGUGGUGGUCUACGACGGUGACCACCUGGGCAGCUACUAUGCGCCUCGGGUUUGGUGGAUGUUCCGUGUGUUUGGCCACCGCACAGUGUCGGUGCUCAAUGGUGGCUUCCGGAACUGGCUGAAGGAGGGCCACCCGGUGACAUCCGAGCCCUCCCGCCCAGAGCCCGCAGUCUUCAAAGCCACACUUGACCGCUCCCUGCUCAAGACCUAUGAGCAGGUGCUGGAGAACCUUGAAUCUAAGAGGUUCCAGCUGGUGGAUUCACGGGCCCAAGGGCGGUACCUGGGCACCGAGCCAGAGCCAGAUGCCGUAGGACUGGAUCCGGGCCACAUCCGAGGUUCGGCCAACAUGCCGUUCAUGGAAUUCCUGACGGAGGAUGGCUUCGAGAAGAGCCCAGAGAUGCUCCGAGCCAUGUUCGAGGCCAAGCAGGUGGACCUCGCCAAGCCCCUCAUCGCCACCUGCCGCAAGGGUGUCACCGCCUGCCACAUCGCCCUGGCCGCCUACCUCUGCGGCAAGCCCGACGUGGCCAUCUACGACGGCUCCUGGUUCGAGUGGUUCCACCGGGCCCCCCCAGAGACCCGCGUGUCCCAGGCGAAGGACGGGAAGGCCUGAGCAGGGAGCUUGUCCGCUCGCCCAGAGCACAGCCGGUUGGUGACUGGCAUGACCUGCAGCUGGUUCAUAGCUCCCGCCUGGGAGAUCUUAGAGUCUCGGGUAAAGCUCCCCCGCCCCCCCUACCCCCCGCCCCCCACAACACUGGAAUAAACGUGGCUUUUUCUGCGUGCCGUG